CAGCAGAGACUUCGCCGUCCUUCUUCGUCACCGUAAAUGGGUUCUCGUUCUCCUUUCUCGGUGACUGGAAGCCCUAUACAAGUAUCAGUAGCCGUCCGAAGCUUAAGGGAUAGCAUUCUGAAGGCUCACCUUGAACGCCUUGCUAGCGCGUCGGCCGAGUCCACCAAAGUUGCCGAAGACAGAUUGGCGCUUGUUGCUGGCUGGUGAGGU